UAGUCGCAGAUGCAGUUCAGACAGCUGUGCAGAGACGCUCCCACAGUGAUGCCACAACAUCAGCAGCUCUGAAAAUCUCACGUGUUCACCGCUUUUUACCUGAACUGCAACUCUGGGCUUCCUCUCACCCUGUUUCUCACACGCGCGACAGACGCACGGCUGCGCGCAUCACGCACAUCCAUCUACAGCCCGGGUUUGCUUUGUGCUGAGUUGACUGGGGAGCUGGUCUCACAGAGCCUCGGCGUCUUCACGGAGCAGCUCACGUAUAUGGACGACUUACACCCUUUUUUCCCGGCAACUUUAAUGGGGACUUCCACGAUCAGCAAGGAACAUGCCUGUGAUGAAGGGAUUAUUAGCGCCACAGAACACGUUUCUGGACACUAUAGCCACACGGUUUGAUGGCACUCACAGUAACUUCAUCCUAGCCAAUGCUCAGGUGUCAAAGGGAUUUCCCAUUGUCUACUGCUCGGAUGGCUUCUGCGAGCUCACAGGCUUCUCCAGGGCUGAGGUCAUGCAGAAGAGCUGUGCCUGUAAGUUCCUGUAUGGACCUGAGACCAGUGAAAGCAUCAUUCUCAGCAUUGAUGAAGCCUUGGAGGAGCGCAAAGAGUUUAAAGAUGAGAUCAUGUUCUACUCAAAGACAGCUGUGCUGUUCUGGUGCCUGUUGGACAUAGUUCCAAUCAAAAACGAGAAGGGAGAUGUGGUGCUCUUUCUGGCUUCCUUUAAGGACAUUACUGACACUAAAGCCAAAGCCAUCCACGAGGACCGGAGGGAAGAGCGGCGGCGUGGAAGGGUGAAAACAGGCUCUCCCUUCAGCACAGCUCGGCUGCGGAGCGGCACUGUUCUCUAUCACAUCUCUGGUCACUUGCACAGCAGGGAGAAGAGCAAGAUUAAACUCAACAAGAAUGUGUUUGGUGACCCACCUGCUCUGCCUGAGUAUAAGGUAGCAGAUGCCAAGAAGUCCAAAUUCAUCCUUCUACACUACAGCACUUUUAAAGCAGGAUGGGACUGGCUGAUCCUGCUAGCCACAUUCUAUGUUGCUGUGACGGUUCCCUAUAACGUCUGCUUCAUUGGUGAUGAUGAUGACCUGACACGCAGCACGACUGUGAGCGAUAUUGCUGUGGAGAUCCUUUUCAUUAUAGAUAUUAUUUUCAAUUUUCGCACUACUUAUGUCAGCAAGUCCGGUCAGGUAAUCUUUGACGCUCGUCAGAUAUGCAUCCAUUACCUGACCACAUGGUUUAUCAUCGAUCUGGUGGCUGCAUUGCCUUUUGAUCUGCUCUAUGCUGUCAGAGUGAGCGUGGUGUCCGUGGUGCACCUUUUAAAAACAGUCCGCCUGCUUCGUCUGCUCAGACUCCUGCAGAAGAUGGACCGAUACUCACAGCACAGCACUGUCGUCCUGACUCUGCUCAUGUCCAUGUUUGCCCUCCUGGCCCACUGGAUGGCCUGCAUCUGGUAUAUUAUUGGCAAGAUGGAGAUAGAGGCCAACAGCUACAACUGGGAUAUUGGAUGGCUCCAUGAGUUGGGUAAACGUUUGGAAUCGCCGUAUCACGCCAUGGCUGAAGUUAAUGGGACCACCAGCGGUCCCUCAAUCCGGAGUGUGUACAUCGCAUCGCUGUACUUCACCCUCAGCAGUUUAACCAGUGUGGGCUUUGGGAACGUGUCGGCCAACACUGAUGCAGAGAAGAUCUUCUCAAUUUGUGUCAUGCUAAUAGGAGCACUGAUGCACGCCUUGGUUUUUGGAAACGUAACAGCCAUCAUCCAGAGAAUGUAUUCCCGCUGGUCCCAGUAUCACACUAGGACUAAAGACCUCAAGGACUUCAUACGUAUCCAUCACCUGCCUCAGAGCCUCAAGCAGCGAAUGCUGGAGUACUUUCAGACCACCUGGUCAGUCAACAACGGCAUUGACUGCAACGAGCUGCUGAAGGACUUUCCAGAUGAGUUGCGAUCCGAUAUCACCAUGCAUCUUAACAAGGAGAUCCUGGAGCUGUCGUUAUUUGCCUCUGCCAGUCGCGGCUGCCUGCGCUCCUUGUCACUGCACAUCAAGACCUCCUUUUGCGCCCCUGGAGAGUACCUGCUUCGACAGGGUGAUGCUCUCCAGGCCAUCUUUUUUGUCUGCUCUGGCUCAAUGGAAGUGCUGAAGGAUGACAUGGUGUUGGCCAUUCUGGGUAAAGGGGACCUCAUUGGGGCAAACCUGUCCUUAGAUAACCGAGUAAUAAAAACCAACGCAGAUGUAAAAGCCCUGACCUACUGUGACCUGCAGUGCAUCAACCUGAAAGGGCUCUACGAGGUUUUGGAUCUCUAUCCCGAAUAUUCUCACCAUUUUGUCCAAGACAUCCAACAGGAUCUCACAUACAACCUGAGGGAGGGACAUGAGACGCAGGUUAAAGUCAGACUACCAACAACAACAACAACACCAGAAACUCAGUUACGAGUGAGCAAGAAUGGGAGAGCAGUUCAGGGUCACAUCACUGAGACUCAGGAUGAAGAAGAUGCAGAUAUGGAGGAACGCCAUCAGACAGGUGCAGCAAGUCCCCGGUACACAGGUGAGAAGUCCCCACUAACUUCCUCCAGCCAGACGACAAUGGCACAGAUCUUAAGCAAGUCUCAGAAGAAAAUUCAAGAAAGUACCUUCACCACUUUGGACCCAUGCAACCUCAGUCCCAGGAUAGUGGAUGGCACUGAAGACAGCGAGGAUAAGGAGAGUUUUCAUACGUUCUCCUUCUCUACCAGCCGAGGUUGUCCUGUCAACACACCGACUCGUGCAACUGCAGAUACGCUGCACAUCAGCACAGUAGAGUUAGCAGCUAAAGCAGAGGAGACCAGAGGACAGCUGCACAACCUGGACCAGCAGGUGGGGACCCUGCGGAAAGAAGUAGCCGACCUUGGACAGGUCAUGAAGAGAAUGGCCCAACUCAUGGAGACCCUAAUUCCAUCAGUACAGCCGCCUACAAUAGUGUGUCCUGCACAUUAUUCUCCGGCACACCACAUGUGCUUGCGGCCUGCCACACCGACUCGGUCUUGCCCUUCACCAUCCCCCUCUAAAACUGCCUCCAUUUGGACAGAAGCACCAAUGCCACUAACUUCUCCAUCCCUCGCGGCCGCACAGCAGCAUAGUGUGAUGUGCCACACAGACUUUUUAAUACAUAGACCACAGAGCCUCCAAGCUGCAUGUCCCGCCAUGCCUAGCUCAGCUUCACCUUUAACUCCUGACUCUUAUCAGCUCCAGCCGGCCUCUGUCAUCUCAGAGCUUCCUAUGCCUUCAUCGUCCUGCAGUUUGCAUGAUAUCCCAUGCUGCGAGGUUCAGGCUCCUACCCCUAUAAUGUCAAGUGUGGACAGUUCACCUCCGCAGGACGGAGGACAAAGGGGGCUUUAUCACAGUUCUGGAUCCUCUCCUCAAACUGGACUUGGAUUGGUUCAUCGCUGCCCAAACCAAGGUUUGUAGCAGACCUUUAAAAAGUUUCCUAAGGACAUUUCCAAUAAAAUCUUUGGAAACACACUCAGCUCAGAACUUUAAUAUCACUGCAAGACAUGGCAGAGAUGCAAUGAACAUUUCUGUUUUUUUUUAAAGGCACGCUUUUCAAAAUGUAUUUGCAUGAAAGAGGGUUUAGGUGUUAGCUUUACCUUGUAGAGGCUUAGUUUUAAUAUAAGAAAAGAUUUGGGAGCAGUAUAUUGAGGCUCCUUCAGAGAAAGCACUCUGCCCUGAUGGAGAAUGAGACAGAAACUUUGAAAGAAAAAGUAGUUUUUGAGCACUCCUUCUUGCUUCCUUCCGACCCUCUUCUUCUCCUUCCUUUUACCCCUUCUUUCCUUGCUUAUCUAACCAAUGUCGGAUGCUCUGGACACCGCGGAACAGUGCACAACUUGUUAAAGUGGGUUCGCAAGUCAAUGUGAGGAGAGAAAUGGGGCGUACUGUGCUAUUUACUGCUGGACCUGCAGGCAGAAUGGGUAAAGGAUGGAGGAAGCUGGCUGUGGAGGUGGCGGUGGGGCACUUUAAGCCUUGGGCAUCGCAACCAUGCUGUCGUCUGUCAAGCUGAACACAGGGGUUCGUUUUCCCUCUCUGUCUCUGUUUUGCAGUUGUUCUCCCCAUGCACCUCACAUUGGUUCUCCACUCUCUGUGCAUGCCUUUCGAGUAGUGCCUGUAGCCCCACAUUGACAUGCUGCAUGUCAGCCCGUGGAGAUUCAGCUUGCCAUUUACCUGUCUAUUUAAAGGAAACGUGGUUCAAUAUUUUAAUGGUUGAACUUGGAAUUUACAGAUGCCUACUUAUUGAAUGUGAGCUCCGUUUAAACAGUGCUGCUAUUUUAGGCACACAGGAGUUUCCCCCCCUCUGAUGUAAAGUGGCCUGGAGCAAAUAUUACUGAUGCUAAAUUGGUCCACGUUGCAAGCUGUUACCCUGAUAAUCAUCCUGGGUUACGAUCUCCUGGAUCGAUUUUGUUAGCUGUUAAGAAUAAAGGCAAUAUUCCCACAUAAAAAGCACAACAGGGAAAUAAAGACACUUUUAUAUUUCUAUGAAUGUAUCAAUACUAAAGAUGUAUUUUUUAUUUUUUACCUCAAAGAAUGCAGUAGUGUGAUGUCGGCAAAAAUAUUGCAGCUGUAAAAGAAUUUAUGGCCGGUGUGUUAGCUGUUGGCAUUGAAUGCAGUCAAACCUUUUGUCCAGCAGAUCUACUCUUCUCUUUUGAAUUCCUGUAGAUUUGAGCCUUUUACUCUGCUAAUGGAAUGUACUGUAAUCAACCUUCUUUUCCCCUUUUUGAUAUUUAUUAGAUACAAAAAUUGAUAUGCUAAUAAACAAGAAA